AUGGGCCUCUUCAACAAGAAAGGCGGUGACGGGGCGCACAGCUGUCCUACGCAAGACCUCUCAGAGCAGGCCCAGGAGCCUGCCGUCGGCGGCAUGUCCUUCUAUACGUUCAACAUGAUCAUAUCCGGUGCAGCAGCCGCCUUUGUCAUUCUUGUCAUUUUGGCAUUCAUGAUGAUGCAUGUGACUCACUUCUCUAACCCAAAGCACCAGGGAAACAUCAUGAGAGUCUCGCUGUUCAUUCCGAUCUAUGUUCUCAUCAGCUGGCUCUCGUUGGCCUUCCCGGUAGUGUAUCCGUACAUCAAACCUUGGGUUCACGUUUUCGAAGCUUGGAGUCUCUGCUCAUUCUUCCUCCUGCUCUCUGAAUAUCUGGCACCGAAUCAGAGGGAGAGAGACGCCUACCUUGCUGCAAAGAACAUCCCCAAGAAGAAGGGCACCAUGCGGGGGCAUAAAUGGUUCCAGGUUCGAUGGAUCCUCGUCUUCCAAUACCCGGUUGUCGCAUUCCUCAUCGCCAUCUUGACGGACAUCACCCAGGCGGCUGGUGUUUACUGCAUAUUUUCUGGAGGCAUCCACUUCGCCAAAUUCUGGCUGCAUCUCUUCAACAUGAUAUCACUAGUUCUCGUGUUCUUGACGCUCCUCCAGGUUUUCAAGCACCUCAAGCCUGAGCUCGCUGUCCACAACGCGAUGCUUAAGUUCAUUGCGUUCAAGAUUAUAAUCUUCCUGACAGUUGUUCAGUCGAUCAUCUUUUGGAUCCUGGAAGAUCAUACCGAUGUUAUGAACCCUUCAUCAACUAUGACAUGGGCCGAUUUUCACAUUGGCAUCCCCAACAUGCUUCCAUGCCUGGAGAUGGUGCCUCUCUCCUUAUUCUUUGUCUGGGCUUACCACUGGGGUACAUACUCCAAGUCUCGCAGAGCAGAUGAUGAGUCAAACAGCGCAGUCCCCCAUUAUCAAGGCGGCUUUCUCGGGUGGCGUGCUUUCUUGGAAAUGCUCAAUCCCUCGGGACUCUUUCGUGGCAUCAUCUAUGCCUUCAAGCUCGUUCUCAGGAAGAGUGUUUGA